AUGAACAUAGACAUCGCAAGCAUAGACAUGGUGUCAGAAGUCAACAUGGUGAGUGUCGCCCUCAGCACAUCCCUCUCCAGGAACCCUCUGGAGUACCUGUUUGGGAGGGUGGCCUCGCUACGACACACCCUGGCCUCCUGGCAGCCCAUGCCGAACAAGACCCGCUCCACCCCCCUCUGCGACCUCGACGUCCUGGAGGAAGACCCCCCCACUCCCAGCCCCUCCACCCCCACCAGCAGCAGCUCAGGGGCUGACGCGACGGCUGGCCCGUCGGGGAACCUCCAUCCUGGGCUCUGUUACGAGGCGGAGAGCCCUGACGAGGCAGCGCUGGUCCGCGCUGCCCAGGCCUACGGCUUCACCCUGCUGGGUCGCGGGCCGGACAGAGUGACCGUACGGCUGCCCUGGGGGGAGGAGCUGACCUUCCAGGUGCUGGACACUUUGACCUUUGACCCCAGCAGGAGGAGGAUGUCGGUCCUGGUGCGGCAUCCUGUCUCUGGGGAGGUGGUCCUGUAUACUAAAGGGGCAGACUUUGCCAUCAUGGAGCUCCUGGCUACCUCAGCCGCAGAGCAUAGAUUUGAAGAGAAGCAGAAGGCCAUUGCUGCCGUCACUCAGAAACAUCUAGACUUGUACGCCAGACAGGGUCUAAGGACCCUCUGUUGCACCAAGAAGGUGUUGAGUGAGAAGGCCUAUGAGGACUGGAGGUUGUGGAGGCAGGAGGCCAAUGCUGCCAUGGACACGGAACAGCUACGCAGUGACACGGCAAUCCAUCUGGAGACCAACCUCACCUUGUUAGGCGCCACAGGCGUUGAGGACCGUCUGCAGGAGAGCGCCCCUGACACCAUCGCUGCUCUCCGAGAGGCGGGGAUCCAGCUGUGGGUGCUCACGGGCGACAAGGCCGAGACGGCAGUCAACAUCGCAUACGCCUGCAGGCUGCUGGAUGACGGGGACCUGGUGUUCAACAUGAGAACCAGCAGCAAGUUGACGUGUGCGUCCAUCCUGGAUUCCACCCUGGAGGAAGUGAAGAGGUACGACCAGGGCCCACCUGGAUCUAGGGCCCCUACCAUCAGCCUGGUGAUCGAUGGGCCCACCCUGGCCAUGGCGCUGGAGUCGGACCUGCAGGCCCGGUUCCUGGAACUGGCGAGGCGCUGUCGCUCCGUCCUGUGCUGCCGCGCCACGCCCCUGCAGAAGGGCCGCGUGGUCAAGGUCGUGAGGGAGAAGCUGAAGGUCAUGACCCUCGCCAUAGGCGACGGUGCCAACGAUGUGAACAUGAUCCAGGCAGCUGACGUGGGCGUCGGCAUCUCUGGACAGGAGGGCAUGCAGGCGGUUAUGGCCAGUGACUUUGCCAUCUCCAGAUUCAAACACCUGAAGAAGCUGCUCCUUGUCCACGGUCACUGGUGCUACUCCCGACUGGCCAACAUGGUCAUCUACUUCUUCUAUAAGAACGUGGCUUACGUGAACCUGCUGUUCUGGUAUCAGUUCUACUGCGGGUUCUCCGGCACAGCCAUGACGGACUACUGGAUGCUGAUCUUCUUCAACCUCUUCUUCACCUCCACUCCGCCCAUCAUGUUCGGGAUCAUGGACAGAGACGUCCCCAUGGAAACGCUGCUGGGGCUUCCGGAACUUUACCGGAGUGGUCAGGGGUCGGGGGAAUUUAAACGUUCGAAGUUCUGGAUCACUAUGUUAGAUGCCUUCUACCAGAGCCUAGUGUGCUUCUAUAUCCCAUACUGGACAUACGAAGGCACAGACGUCGACCUCUUCACCUUCGGGAUCCCCAUGAACACGACGUCGCUGUUCACCAUUCUCCUGCACCUCGCUAUAGAGAUAAACAGCUGGACGCUGGUCCACUGGGUGGUCAUGACGGGCAGUGUGGUCCUGUACUUCAGCAUGACCCUGGUCUACAGCGCCCUGUGUGUGAGCUGCAACCCUCCCUCCGACCCUUACUGGCUGUUCCAGGAGCGGAUGGCCGACCCUGUGUUCUACCUGGUCUGCCUCCUCUCUACCUGGUCUGCCUCCUCUCCACCGUACACGUUCCAUGUGCUGAGGAACACCGUCGCCCCCUCCCCCCUGGCGCGGGCGCGGCAUCUCGACCGCCUGCCCCCCCCCCAUCAGGCACCAGUGGAUCAAGGAGUGGAGGGGGUACAGCAGCUCAGGGGGAACAGCGGGUCCCGUCCAUGCUGCCUCACCCCCUCUCACCCGUGAGCCCUCCCAUCCCUUCUAGCUUCCCACCCAAUCCCUUGGUUACCCACUAUGACAUCACAGGAAGUGACAUCACAGGAAGUGACAUCACAGGAAAGUGGCAUCCCAGUCAUCGUCAUCAUACAGAGCUUUUUAUAACCCCUUCCAGCACUGAGGGCCCACUCUCUCAAGGGGGGAGAAAGAAACUGAGAUUGAAGAUGACUCGUAUUUAUUAUUGCUGUGCCACUCUGGACAUUGUGUGACAGAUACCCACAGUAUCUGCCCAGGGUGCGUUCGUAUUGUGUUUUAAGAGUUUGUUCGUAUUUAUUUUUAUCUAUCAUCUUUCUCUUUCGGUCAAGACCAUUUAAGAGUUCAGAGGGUGUUUAUUCUCUUCUUCUUCUUCUCUCUCUUUUCUCACACACAUCUCUCUCUCUCUCUCUCUUUUUCCACCCUCUUCCUCCUUGUAACAAGCCUCCAUAGUGAACCCAUAAGCCUGUUACUUCACUGAUGGGUUUUUAGAACACAGUGGUAACCCAAUCAGUCACACUCCCCGCCCCUCCAAAAACCAAGCACUUUUUCCGGAACAACGCACAGUUCAUUUAAAAACCUCACACACGCACACCUACUCACACACACCACCCCUACACACACACACCUGAGUGUGAUCUGCUCCAUAGAUGUAUGCUCCAAAUAGCCCCAUCGCAUCUUGGUCUCUGAAGUGAGGCGUUCCUGCUCCUCGGUCGCCUGUCUGAUCGUGACACACUUCAGGUUGCCACCAGGCACCAGGUGUGAUUAUCAGCUCAUCAUCACAUCCAAAUCUGUUCCGUAUAAAGCUGCCGUAUUGAACUAGAAAUACUCUCUUAUACUUUUCGUAUAAGGCUGGGCGUGAGAAUGUUGAAUUAAAUCAUAUUUUUGAGUAUAUAGAAUAUACAAUGAUUCAAUGCAACAUUAUGAUAUUUGAAUAGUUCAAUAAUCCUUUUUUUUGUUCUUUUUUUUUGGUAUAUUAUGUUUGCUCUGUAAUCCCAUACUAGGACACAGGAUAUACCUCAGCACAUCAUCUCAAUAAAUCGUGGAAUUAUUAAAUACAAAUGCUGAAAGAUAAAGGUGCAUAUUCAUGACCAACAGAAAAAAAGAAAAGAAUGUGCUUGUGUGUGUGUCCUUGUCUAAAGCCACUUAAAUGGAGUUCUGGUUGAGAUGUGGUGUCUUGGCCUUCCUCGUUAUGGUGUCUGUUUAUGUAACACGACAUUUUAGAACGUUACUUCCCUCUAGUGUCAACAGGAGGAACUGCAACAAGGUCAUCUGAGAGACAAUGUCAUUCUGCUCUAAGUUAAAUCCUGAUGAAAUCGUUUGUAAAUAUCUACACAGAAAAUAAAUGCAAAAUGAUUUAGGUAAAUAAGCAUACAAUAAUACCCUGACAUACCAUAAAUUAUCGAGACAAAUACAUUCAGGCAUCGCACGUGGAUUUAAAACAUUUAUUAUCAGUCUGAUUUUGAAAGCAAAUAUCGUCCAUAUACAUGAGUGGUAUGAACCUAUCAAUUAAAUAUAUGUUUUUUCUCAUCAAAUAGUUUUAAUAAGUAGCAUACAAAGUUUGAUGUUGUCUUUUCAAUAAAAACAAAUGUGCAAAUU